AUGCAAAUGAUUUCUGGAGUCUUACCCACAACAUUAAGUCCCUCGGAGCUUAGGUCUGAUGAUGAACGAACCUUCCAGUUUGAUGAGGAAGCUGAAAUACCAACGCAUUUGACUGAAAGCGAAGAUUUACGAAGGUUAGUCAAUGAGACUGCACAAUUGGGUGUCAGGGUUGAUCAUAUUCACGAUAAAACUGAUCAAGAAAUUGCCAGGUUGGAAAAAGUGAUCAAAGAAGUCACUGAAAGUGAUACUCUUUUCAGAUCCUGUUCUGGUUGGUUUAAAACCCAUAAGAAUUUUUCGGACAGUGAAAGCAGUUCAAAUAUACAGCUAAAGAGUCUUUCUCAAUUGCAUGGCUGCUAUGAUCGUGAUUGGAGGAAGAGAUUAAAUAAAUGGUUUAAGAAAAACAAGAGUAAAUUAGCUCUACUCUCGACGGGUGACCUCGAAGUGAGAAAUGAUGAUACAGUAUAUGAAUCGGAAGGGGAAUUUAUGGAACAAGGUAAGACACCAUAUUUUGAGACUGAUGAAUUUAUGAAUGGAUUAAAUAUUAUAUCACCAUUAACUCCUGAUGAUUUUGAAAAUGACAACACAUACGUUAAAAUUGAUGAAACCUGCCAAAUCCAUCCCACUUCGGAGUGUGAGAAAUCCUCCAUAAGCCCCACAUUUGGGAACGACAUCAAAAAAGAGCUAGUAACUGAUGAUACGGAAAGCAUUAUUAGCGGACCUCCAUUACAAGAAAAUAAAAAGACUCUUCUGAAAUACCGACAUGUCAGGACUUCUCUUGAUAUGCUGAAUUCUGAAAAGAGUACUUCCAAAAAUAACAGCGGUAUGUUCCGUAUUUUCCAUAGAAGUUCCCCUCUUGGCGGCAAAACCCAAGAAAACGUGCCACGAGUGUGGGACACACUUAAAAGUAAUUUGGGCAGAGAAAUAUAUCUUUUGCAGGGAAGAUUCAAAAAAUGGACUGCAAAACAUCAAAAUUUUAAGAAGAACCAACUUUUCAAGGGUGAAGACCCCGUUGCCGUUCCCUUACCAUCAUCCGAUCCGGGAACGGAAACACAGUUGGGAACUAAAUUCUGUCUUAUGCCUGGAGAGGGUCAGCCUCCCGUACAACAAGCGUAA